AGCGGAGCCCCUCAGACUGGAGUGUGUGUGUGUGUGUGUGUGUUGGGGUAUAAAUAGAGAGGAGGUGUAUGAAGAUGGUCUCAAGCAUUGAUACUCCAAGACAAGAUCUUCUCAGACCUGCACAUCUCAGAAGAUUCGCAUCUGAAUAAAACACAUCAAACAAGGUAAAAGAGUGAUGGUCAGUGUGUGCAGGUUGUUGCUGGUUGCUGCCUUGCUGCUGUGUUUGCAGUCGCAGCUGUCUAUCUCACAGCACUGGUCUCAUGGCUGGUACCCCGGAGGAAAGAGAGAAAUCGACUCUUACAGCUCGCCAGAGAUAUCUGGGGAGAUUAAACUGUGUGAAGCAAGAGAAUGCAGCUAUCUGAGGCCACUGAGAACCAACGUCCUGAAGAGCAUCCUGCUUGAUGCCCUUGCAAAGGAAUUCCAAAAGAGGAAGUGACCUCAUCAAAUCAUACCCAAGCAUCAUAGCCUCUUUCUUCGCUCAUCCCACUGGUCUGGACAAACGCCUCUGCUAAACCGUGGGCGUGAGCAUGUGUGUUUACUUUUAUGUGAUUUUAGCAUCAAGCUUUCUGUCAUCUGUGUAUGAAGCAGCUCUGUGAA